CACGCCCGGAAGCACCGACGGAAUCUCCGCGCUCGGCCGUCGCCACCCAUUGACGAACAAGAAGCUGCCAUGGCCCCCAUCGAGACCGACAAGGCCGUGAGUGCCAACGAGGGCCUGCACCAGCGCAAGGGCGCCGCCUCGGCCGACAAGGACGCCACCUACACGUGGCAGGACGUGGCCAAGCACAACACGGCCAAGAGCGCCUGGGUCAUCAUCCGCGGCGUCGUCUACGACGUCACUGAAUGGGCGGACCGUCACCCUGGCGGCCGCGAGCUCGUGCUGCUGCACGCCGGACGCGAGUGCACGGACACGUUCGACUCGUACCACCCCUUCUCCAACCGCGCCGACAAGAUCCUGGCCAAGUACGCCGUUGGUAAGCUCGUGGGCGGCUCCGAGUUCCCCCAGUACAAGCCCGACACGGGCUUCUACAAGGAGUGCUGCGAGCGCGUGCACCAGUACUUUAAGGACAACAACCUGGACCCGCGCAGCCCGUACUCGGGCAUGUGGCGCAUGAUGAUCGUCGCUGCGCUCGGCGCCAUCUCGUACCUGGGCAUGAACCAGCUGCUCUCGGACAACAUCUACGCGCACUACGCGUGGGGCGCCCUCUUCGGCGUGUGCCAGGCGCUGCCGCUGCUCCACGUGAUGCACGACGCGUCGCACGCCGCCAUCACCAGCAGCCCCACGGGCUGGAGGCUCAUUGGCCGCUUCGCGAUGGACUGGGUGGCCGGCGCCAACAUGGUAUCGUGGCUCAACCAGCACGUUGUGGGCCACCACAUCUACACAAACGUGGCCGGCGCUGACCCCGACCUUCCCGUGGACUUCAAGAGCGACGUGCGCCGCAUUGUGUACCGUCAGGUGCUGCUGCCCAUCUACAAGUUCCAGCACUUGUACCUGCCGCCGCUGUACGGCGUGCUCGGCCUCAAGUUCCGCGUGCAGGACAUUUUCGAGACGUUCAUCUCGCUCACGAACGGUCCGCUGCGCGUGAACCCGCACUCAGUCGGCGACUGGGUCGAGAUGAUCCUGUCCAAGGCCUUCUGGGCGUUCUACCGCAUCUACAUCCCGCUGGUCGUGCUGCAGGUGGACUCGUCCCGCUUCUGGGGCGUCUUCUUCCUGGCCGAGUUCAUGACGGGCUGGUACCUGGCCUUCAACUUCCAGGUGAGCCACGUCUCCACGGCCUGCGAAUACCCGGGCGGUGACGAGGAGGUGACGGCCAUCGAGGACGAGUGGGCUGUCUCGCAGAUCAAGUCGUCGGUGGACUACGGCCACGGCUCGUUCCUCACGGCGUUCCUCACGGGCGCGCUGAACUACCAGGUGACCCACCACCUCUUCCCGGGCGUCUCGCAGUACCACUACCCGGCCAUCGCGCCGAUCAUCAUCGACGUGUGCAACAAAUACAAGAUCAAGUACACGGUGCUCCCCACGUUCACGGAGGCGCUGGCCGGCCACUUCGACCACCUCGUCGUCAUGGGCAAGAUGGGCAAGCCCGUGUCCGUCCACAUGGGCUAAGUCAUUCAGUCGGCUUGGCCGUCAUUAAUAAUGACUCAUUAUUCGGGUGCGGAGGAGAAGAUCCUCCCCGGCUUGACCUGCUCUUCCACGCUGUGUCUCCGGACGUUGUUGCGAGCUCGCUGGUGAUUGCGAGUGGUGAUACAGUAGGGCUGCGCAAGGUGAAGGGACAACGGUGUGUGUGCAUUUUGGUGGUCUAGUUACCGACAAUAAUCCAUCCUUCCUUGACAACUC